GUUUUACCUGAAGCUCUACCCAGCAACCAAUGAGUCACCAGCUCUCCGCUCUCUGAUUGGUCCGAAUUUUUUAUGAGGGCUCAUUUUUUGAAGGCUCUACCCGGCAACCGAUGACGCGGAAGCGACGCUUCUCUCUCAUUGGCUGAGAGCUUUUUGGGGUGCUUCGCCCCCACUGCCGGUCCCCCCAUUUCGCCGCCGCUUUUGUGGGAGCAGCAGCGACCGUUCCCGAAUUCCCGGGAAUUUCUGGAGCCAUGGAUGGAUCCCCGAUCCUCCCCCGCCUGCUGCUGCUGCUUCUGACCCUGCCCGGAAUUUGGGGGGUCGAAGUGCGCCACACCAUCACCCAGACGGAAUUCUACCAGAAAUCCCUGGAUUCCGGGAUCGACAGCUCCGAGUUCAUGUUCGACUUCGACGGCGACGAAAUUUUCCACGUGGAAAACGAGGAAACCGUUUGGAGGCUCCCGGAAUUCCAGGAAUUCACCAGUUUCGAGGCUCAGGGAGCGCUCCAGAACAUCGCCAUCGACAAACAGAACCUGGAAAAUUCCAUGGCCGCUUACAACAAUUCCCGGAUUCCCAGCGUUCCUCCAGAAGUGGCGCUCUUCCCCAAACACGCCGUGGAAUUGGGCGAUCCCAACAUCCUCAUCUGCUGCGUCUCCAAGUUCUGGCCUCCGGUGCUGCGGCUCCGAUGGCUCCGGAACGGGAUCCCGGAAUUCCAAGGGGUGUUGGAGACUCCCUUUUAUCCGGAUCGGGAUAACACAUUCCGGAAAUUCUCCUACCUGCCCUUCAUCCCCCAGCCCGGGGAUUAUUACGACUGCCAGGUGGAGCACGAGGGGUUGAGUGAACCCAGCGUGGCGCAUUGGGAGCCCCAGAUCCCGGCGCCGGCGUCCGAGGCCACGGAGACGGCGAUCUGCGCCCUGGGCUUGGCCGUCGGCAUCGUCGGCAUCGCCGCCGGCACCGUCCUCAUCAUCCGCGGGAUGAAGCUCGGCCGCGCCCGCGUGGAGCGCGGAACGCUCUGAAUUCCCGGGAAACGGCCCCGGAUCCUGCCCUGAAUUCCUGGAAUUGUUCCCGGAUC